UUAUUUUUGUUACACAAAAUUUCCUUGAACCACUUUGUAAUAAAAAGUUGGAGUUCCUCAGUAAGGUAUAUUGAAGUCAUUGCCAUGGAAGGGCAAAGUGUAGUUGUUAUCCAUGAUGCUUCUAGAGAAAUAAAUGUUAAAAUCUUUGAAUGGUCUCUACAUGGCUUGUUACUUGUGCCAGGAGAUAUGCUCACACUAAUUGCAGUCAUGCACCAGGUUAUUACUCCUAUGGGUUACAAAAGCAGUGUGGACAGCAGGUUAAUGUUUGGAGCUAACCAGAAGAUGAUUGAGGCACAAGCUGCAAGGAAGAAGGAAGAGUAUCUUAACAAUCCGGAGCUUGCUCAGAUUUCUGAACUAUACAAAUCAGAAAAGGUUGGAUUUAAGAUAGAAACAAUUACAGGGUCAUCACUAAAGACAGUUGCAUUGAAAUCAGCCAUGAAGCUAAAGGCAAACUGGCUCAUACUGGACAGGAAAAUGAAGAAUGAUGAGGAGUAUUUCCUCCGGAAGCUUUCUUGUGGUAUCUUAAGAGUAAGGCGUUUCAAUAAAAUUCUACGUUUAAGAGAACCACUACACCUCCCCCAAGAAACACAACCCGGUAGCACCCAUGAAACAUACACUGACAGUAUACCACUACCAGACACUUCAACUGAACAUGAUCUUUACGUCUUCAGCGCUGAGACUUCCCCUAAUAGUCAAGGAGGAGAUAAUCAGAUGAACCAGGAACAAGGACAUACCCUAAAGAGCCUCCAUGAUGAGGAAGGGUUCUUAACUCCUGAUCAACUGAACAUGGAAGAAAAAGACAAUAGUAUUAAGCAUAUGGAAAGUCAAACACAAAGAAGCCAACACUGGCAAGAUGAACAAAAAGAAAACAGAAACAAUGGGAAUGAGAGGGACCCAAAACCGAAACAGAAGUUAGAAGAAAAAAAUUGUGACAUAACUUGUAGUGGAAGCAAAAGAGAAACAGAACAGAAAAUCUUCUGCACCAAGGUGUAUCAGAAAGGUGGUGAAAGAUGCUCAUCUUUUGGUGGAGCUAGAAACUUUUAUCUUGGAGGGGCGGAAGAAUAUACAGUGUGUGAACAGUUUUUUAGUUUGAGUAAUUUUCAUGUGAAAAACUAGUUUGAAAGUUAUACCUAUGUGCAUUAUUUACACAUUAUCAGUUUGUGUCAAUCUAUCUUAAUUCCUCUUUAAUAUGAUGGUAAGAUUAGCUAA